AAGUCUGGCUUCACGGUGAGGCCAGUGGCUGGCUACCUGAGCCCACGAGAUUUUUUGGCAGGACUGGCUACAGAGUGUCUCCACUGUACUCAGUAUGUCCGGCACGGUUCAGACCUCUACACUCCAGAACCAGACACCUGCCAUGAACUCUUGGGACAUGUUCCACUGCUUGCAGAUCCUAAGUUUGCUCAAUUUUCACAAGAAAUAGGUCUGGCAUCUCUGGGAGCAUCAGAUGAAGAUGUUCAGAAACUAGCCACAUGCUAUUUCUUCACAAUUGAGUUUGGCCUGUGCAAGCAAGAAGGUCAACUGCGGGCAUAUGGAGCAGGACUACUUUCCUCCAUUGGAGAACUGAAGCAUGCUCUUUCUGACAAGGCUUGUGUGAAAGCCUUUGACCCAAAGACAACCUGCUUACAGGAAUGUCUUAUCACCACCUUCCAGGAAGCCUACUUUGUUUCAGAAAGUUUUGAAGAAGCCAAAGAAAAAAUGAGGGACUUUGCAAAGUCAAUUACCCGUCCCUUUUCAGUAUACUUCAAUCCCUACACACAGAGUAUUGAAAUUCUGAAAGACACCAGAAGUGUUGAAAAUGUGGUGCAGGACCUCCGCAGUGAUUUGAACACGGUGUGUGAUGCCUUGAACAAGAUGAACCAAUAUCUGGGGAUUUGA